CUUCCAUUUCCCGAGCUCUCCGCAGGUGGAUGGUUUUGAUCUGCCAACUUCGCUCGCUGGUAUUUUCGCACUGAUAUCCUUCGAGCUUUUCUUUCUUUCAUUUCCGGCAUUCUUGAAGAUGGCCUUCUUUCUCCGACUGACGCUGCUCGCUAUCGGGCUGCUUGUCGCAACCUCGAUUGCGAAGCCCGUUGAGCGUCGUUUCGAGGAUGAGGACGACACCCCGUUGCCGCUCGUGAUUUGGCACGGCCUUGGCGACACCUUCAACAGCGAGGGAAUGGCGCGCGUCGUCUCGAUCGCCGAGGAUGUCCACCCCGGAAUCUUCGUCUACCCGAUUCGCAUGGAUGAUGACCCCUCGCGUGACCGGUUCGACUCCUUCGUGGGCAACGUGACUGAUCAUGUCGCCAAAGCCUGCGCCGACAUCGCCGCGGACCCGAUCCUGUCGACCGCCCCCGCAAUCGAUGCCCUCGGCUUCUCCCAGGGCGGCCAAUUCCUGCGCGCCUACGUCGAGCGAUGCAAUAAGCCCCCCGUCCGCAGCCUCAUCACUUUCGGCUCGCAGCACAAUGGCAUCACCACCUUCCGUGAAUGUGCUGUGACCGACUGGGUCUGCCGCAUCGCGAUGGCCGCGCUGAAGGGCGAUGUCUGGAGCCAGGCGGUGCAGAGCAAGCUGGUGCCCGCGCAGUACUACCGCAACCCGGACGAGUACGAGCAGUACCUGGAGCAUUCCAACUUCCUCGCGGACAUCAACAACGAGCGGGCGACGAAGAACGAGGCGUACAAGAAGAACAUUGAAAAGCUCGAGAGCUUCGUCAUGUACAUGUUCGAGGAGGAUAAGACUGUCAUCCCGAAGGAGUCGGCCUGGUUCGGCGAGGUCAACGGCACUGAGAGCACGCCGCUGCGCGCGCGUAAGCUGUACUCGGAGGAUUGGCUCGGCCUGCGCGCUCUCGACCGCAAGGGCGGGCUCAAGUUCCGCACGGCACCCGGCGAGCACAUGAAGCUGUCGGAAGAGUUGUUGAAGGAGGCCUUUGCCGAGUUUUACGGGCCGCUGAAGCGUAGCUCGGCGUCGCGCCCGCGGCCGGGGGGUGGCGAUGACCUUUGAGGGUUUGUAACAAUCACCCUCUGUUUCCCUUCACCGCACAUAUCCUGUCACAUCACAUUGGGCGCAUGGGUUCUGGGUAGGAGUUCGGGUGCCUGGGUAGUUGUGGCGGAAGGACAGCGACUCGCGAAAUGUUUGUCUGUUCCGCGUCUCGGCGGUGAUGGGUACCAGGCGAAUCGGGAACUGGGUUAGGGAACUUUGUGGGACGGGAGACAUACGUGGAGCAAUGGAGUUCACAGGUCAGGUCGUAUUCCCGUUAGGUAAUGCACUCGAGAAUCUUCUCCC